GGCAUCUACCUGGCUGCCCUCCUGGGCAACGGCCUCAUCAUCACCACCAUAGGCUGGGACCAGCACCUCCACACCCCCAUGUACUUCUUCCUGCUCAACCUCGCCCUCUUUGACAUGGGCACCAUCUCUACCAUUCUCCCCAAGUCCAUGGCAAAUUCCCUCUGGGAUUCCAGGGCCAUCUCAUACUUGGGAUGUGCGACACAGCUCUUUUUGUUUCUCUUCUUGAUCACAGCAGAGUUUUAUCUUCUCACAGUCAUGUCCUACGACCGCUACGUUGCCAUCUGCAAACCCCUGCACUACGGGACCCUCCUGGGCAGCAGAGCUUGUGUCCACAUGGCAGCAGCUGCCUGGGCCACUGGGUUUCUCAAUGCUCUGCUGCACACGGCCAAUACAUUUUCACUGCCCCUGUGCAAGGGCAAUGCCCUGGGCCAGUUCUUCUGCGAAAUCCCCCAGAUCCUCAAGCUCUCCUGCUCACACUCCUACCUCAGGGAACUUGGGCUUCUUGUGGUCAGUGCCUGUUUAGCUUUUAUUUGUUUUGUGUUCAUUGUGGUGUCCUAUGUGCAGAUCUUGAGGGCCGUGCUGAGGAUCCCCUCUGAGCAGGGACGGCACAAAGCCUUUUCCACCUGCCUCCCUCACCUGGCCGUGGUCUCCUUGUUUGUCAGCACUGCCAUUUUUGCCAACCUGAAGCCCCCCUCCAUCUCCUCCCCAUCCCUGGACCUGGUGGUGUCUGUUCUGUACUCAGUGGUUCCUCCAAUCUUGAGGGCCGUGCUGAGGAUCCCCUCUGAGCAGGGACGGCACAAAGCCUUUUCCACCUGCCUCCCUCACCUGGCCGUGGUCUCCCUGUUCCUCAGCAGUAUCAUGUUUGCCAACCUGAAGCCCCCCUCCACUUCUUCCCCAUCCCUGGACCUGGUGGUGUCUGUUCUGUACUCAGUGGUGCCUCCAGCAGUGAACCCCCUCAUCUACAGCAUGAGGAACCAGGAGCUCAAGGAUGCCCUGUGGAAACUCAUAUCCUAG